GUCCUAACCAUAACCACCUCCAACACCAUCAACACAUAUAUUUUCUUACUUUUAGAAAAACAAAACACAUUUAAUUUAACUAACAUCAAAUGGCUGAGAAGCAGCAAUCAGCAUAUCCGGCCAACGGCUACGUAAGGAGCGGCGACACAGAGGCGGCCGGUGCUCACGACGCCAUGAGAGAGCAGCGCAAGAAGAAGCGCAACAAAUGCAUCCUCUACAUCCUCCUCUUCAUCGUCUUCCAAACCGCAAUCAUCACCGUAUUCGCCCUAACGAUUAUGAAAGUCCGAACGCCCAGAUUCCGCAUCCGCAGCGCCGCCAUCACCGAUUUCAACGCCGGCACUGCGGCGAGCCCGUCGCUGCGGGCCACCAUAACUCCCGAAUUCACGGUGAAGAAUGCCAACUUCGGGCGCUACAAAUACCGCAACACCACCGUCGAAUUCUUCUACAGAGGAACAAGAGUUGGGCAGAUUUCCGUCCCGAACUCGAAAGCCGGGUGGAGAUCGACCAAGAGAUUCAUUCACUCCGCUGUCGAGUUGAAUCUCAGCGGCAGCCCUCAGCUUGCUGAAGAUUUGACCGCCGGAGUGGUGCCGAUCACGAGCACGGCGAGGAUGGGAGGGAAAGUGGAGCUCAUCUUCAUCAUGAAGAAGAACAAAGCUACCAAUAUGAAUUGCACAAUGGAAAUCGUCACUGCCUCGCCGCAGACCUUUAGGAACAUCGCCUGCAAAUGAUUUCUUUCUAUUUUUUCAUUUUUAUUUACAUGUUUUCAUACUAUUUUCGUUUUAUUUUUAUAUUUUGUUGUAGCGCUUUGUCAUUUGUAGAUCCAUUAUAAAUUUAUAAUAAAAUUUUAGAUUAUGAAAUCUUA